AUGAACGCUGGCCAAAGGAGUGUGAGGCAAUUGGCCUCCAAGUCCGCCAAGGACUCCAUCUGCAUCUCGUGCCGCGAGACCAUCUCCCGGAGGCACUUCGCCAGCGCUGCCGCCGCCGUGCAGGAAUCGCCCGCCAACCCAUCCCCGGUCCCGCCCGUGUCUCAAGCUGCAGGUCCGCAGCAGGCAUACCAGGUCCGCGCCGGAGUCGUUCUCUCGAGACCGCCCGUCAUCACCCGCGACCUUCACCCAUUCGAGAAAGCAUUCUUCCUUUAUCAACGCCGCCUCAAUGAGCGCCAAGCCCACUCAUUCACCAGAUACUUCUACUACAAGAAGGGCAGCCCUGCCGAAGCCGAAUGGAAGCGCAAGCAGAAGCAACGUCUGACGGCUGCCCGCGACAUUGGCGUCUACCGCGGCCACGGGAAAGACGCUUGGAACGAUGAACUGCUCGUGGGGGCUCAGGAGAGCGAGCCUGACCACCAAAGAGAGGCUCUUCUAAGAGAUUCCGAGUCUACCGGCAAAGAGGAUGCAGAUGUAGGCGGUAAGAAGGCGGAGCCCGCCGAGCGGCCACUGUCGAGAGUGACCGAGGCGGACCAGAAGGGCGAUCAGAAGAGUUUGAACAGAAUGCUGCAGAGGACGCUGUACCUGCUCGUCAAGGACGGCAGCGGGCGAUGGCAAUUCCCGCAAGACCGUCUGAUCGGUCGCGAGAGCCUCCACAGGGCCGCGGAGCGCGUCUUGGUUCAGAGCGGUGGCAUCAAUAUGAACACCUGGGUGGUCGGCAACCACCCUGUGGGACACUACCAGUUCGACUUUCCAAAGACCAUCACGAACGCGGACAAGGGCGUGGUGGAGCUGGGCGAGAAGGUGUUCUUCAUGAAGGCUCGUAUUAUGGCGGGUCAGGCGAACCUGGCGGAGAACCAAUACGGGCUGGCCGAUUUCAAGUGGCUGGCAAAGGAGGAGAUCGAGCCGGUCGUGACGCCGCGCUACUGGAGCGCGGUGCAGGACAUGCUGACGGCGCGGUGA